GUUGAUGAUCACAAGGCAAAUAAAGGUAGUGGCUUAGCAAGUGUCCUAGCAUUGGGCACUGCUAACCCUCCCAAUGUUUUCUAUCAAGACGCCUUCCCAGACUACUACUUUAGAAUCACCAAUAAUGAGCACAGGGUUGAGCUCAAGGAAAAGUUCAAGCGAAUAUGUGAGAAGUCGAUGAUCAAGAAAAGGCACUUUUUCUUGACGGAGGAGAUACUAAAGCAGAAGCCGAACCUGUGCUCGUUCAUGGAAGAGAACUCACUAAACACUCGCCAUGACAUAAUUGUGGAAGAGAUGCCAAAGCUCGGAUCAAAGGCAGCUAUUAAAGCUUUGGAGGAAUGGGGACGUCCACUAUCAGAGAUCACUCACCUGAUCUUCUGCAGCACAAGCGGUGUCGACUUGCCGGGUGCUGACUUCCAGCUCAUUAAGCUCCUCGGCCUCUCAUUGUCCACUAAACGCAUUAUGCUUUACAGCUUAGGCUGCUAUGCAGGUGGUAGCGUCUUGCGAAUAGCUAAGGAUCUCGCAGAAAACAAUCAGAACGCGCGUGUGCUUAUCGUGUGCUCGGAGAUGACGGUCAUCAGGUUCCGUGGGACUGAUGAUGUGCACAUUGAUAGCCUUAUAGGGCAAGCUAUCUUUGCAGAUGGGUCGGCUGCAGCGGUGGUGGGAGCAAACCCCAUACCUGGCAUAGAAACUCCCUUUUUUGAACUAGUGUCCACAGACCAAGUCAUCAUCCCUGACAGCGAGAAAGCAAUUCAUUGUCACCUCAGAGAAGAAGGGCUCACGUUCCAUUUACGACGUGAUGUACCCAACACCAUCAGUGAAUAUUUAGAGAAAAGCUUGUUGAAGGUGUUCGAACAAGUAGGCAUGCGCAUCUCAAACUGGAACUCGUUAUUCUGGAUCACCCAUGCUGGAGGGCGUGCCAUUUGUGACAAGAUCGAAGAGAAACUGGGGCUGAAGCCUGAGAAGCUAAAAGUCGUACGUCACGUAAUGAGUGAGUAUGGGAACAUGAUUAGCUGCAGUGUGUUUUUUGCCAUGGAUGAAAUGAGGAAGCGCUCAAUGGCGAAAGGGCUACCCACUGCUGGAGAGGGGCUUGAAUGUGGUGUGCUUCAUGGCUUUGGUCCGGGGCUGACCAUAGAGACUGUUGUCCUCCGUGCACCGCCUCUCCAUGUCCUUGUUUCAAAUGAAAAUUAUUAA